UCGGCUUCUUUCUCUCGCCUCUUCUUCCUCCUCAUCCUUCUGUUCUUCUUCUCCUCCGGCUGAUCUGCCUGGCCCAGCAGGGGCCAUGACCAUCAACACUCUCCACCAGGGGGGCAGCUACAAAGUCCAGAUGCCAUGUCUGAGCAAGAUGGAGCGUGUGAUUGUGGGCAUGCAGGACCCAGACAUGGGUGUGAAGAUGCGGAAUCAGCGCCUGCUCAUCACCGUGAUCCCCCAUGCCAUGACAGGCAGUGACAUUGUGGAGUGGCUCAUCCAGAAAUUCUCUAUCUCAGAGGAAGAGUCUCUCCACCUGGGGAACCUCAUUGUGAAACAUGGCUACAUCUAUCCCCUGAAGGACCCCAGGUGCCUCAUUCUCCGAGCAGAUGACUCCCCUUACAGGUUCCAGACACCCUAUUUCUGGAUGAGCACUAAGUGGCCAGCUGCUGAACUGGAUUACGCUAUCUAUCUGGCCAAGAAGAAUAUCCGGAAACAAGGGGACCUGAUUGAACAUGAAAAGGAUUACUAUAACCAGCUGCAUAAGAAGAUCAAUCACACAUGGGACUUUGUCGUGAUGCAGGCCCGGGAGCAGCUGAGAGCAGCCAAGCAGCGUCGGAAAGGGGACAGAAUUGUCAUUGAGUGUCAGGAACAGACUUAUUGGCUGGUGAAUCGGCCCCCGCCAGGAGCCCUGAAUGUGAUGGAACAGGGACCUGAGCGGGGUAACUGCUACACUACUAGGGUGCAAAUGACUAAAAAUAUGGAUUUUUAUAAGAGAGAGAUUGAGUACUUUAAGAAGGCGAUGGGUAGGACUAGGGUGAAGUCUUCUAUCUGCCUGGAAGCAUACCUCAAGUUCAAUGACCAGUACAUGGCCCACGACCCCAUCAUGUCUGGCUGCCUGCCCAGUAACCCUUGGAUCACUGAUGAUACCGCCUACUGGUCAAUGAAUGCCCCCAUGGUGACGACACCUACCAAGCUCCGGGUUGAGCGUUGGGCUUUUAACUUUGGAGAGCUCCUGGGAGAUCCUCUGGGCCACAUACAGUUCAUGGAGUUCCUCAAGAAAGAGUUCAGUGCGGAGAACCUGAGCUUCUGGGAAGCAUGUGAAGACUUGCGAUAUGGAGAACAGUCCAAGAUUCCUGAGAGUGUCGAUUCUGUCUACCAACAGUUUCUUGCCCCUGGGGCCACACGCUGGGUCAAUAUUGAUAGCAAGACUAUGGAGAAGACGCUUGAAGGGAUCCGCAGACCCCAUCGCUAUGUCAUGGAUGACGCCCAGAUGCAUAUCUACAUGCUUAUGAAAAAGGAUUCCUAUCCCAGGUUCUUAAAGUCUGACAUGUAUAAGACGCUUCUGGCAGAAGCUGUGAUUCCACCUGAGACUAAGAAACGAGUGUUCCCAUUCAUGAGGAAGCAGCGCCAUUCAAGCCCUAGCCCGGCCCUCCUCCUGCCCUCGGGAGAACAGGAGUCCAAGGGGGAGGACAAGGGCAAGGCCCUGGCUUCUGGCACCUCCACCGGGGAAGGGGAAGGCUAGGCAAAGCAGGCCUCCCUUUCCCUCUGUUGUCGCUUCUCCCUCUCCUCUGGUUGACAAGCUGGAAGAUGUAAUUGGAGAGGGGAGGGGUUGGUGGUGAUGUGUGGGGAAGGGGACAGAGAGAAAAGCAUUUCAUGGACUGAUGGUUGUGAGGGCUCCCCUUUUCUCUCUCCUUUUCCCUGCCAUCUCCAGCCUCCUCCAAGAAAAUGUUAUAAUGCCCACCAACUCCUUACCCCUAAUCCUCAGUCCUCAGGUAUCACACUUUCCCCAGCCUUUGGGAGAAGCAGCAUGGUGUGGUGGAAAGAUCAAGGGGCUUAGGAGUAAGGGCACAGCCUAACAUUGGGCAAGUCACUCUGUGGGCCUCAAUUUCCCUCCUGUACAAGUUACUUAGGUGAUACGAGGGCUUGGAUGAAGUGCUCCCUAAGGUUUCUCUUCCAACUCUAAGAUUCCAUUAUUUGAUCCCCUGUCCAGCCAGCCCUGGCUUUGGUGGCUUUUUCACAGGCUCCAUUAGAACCUUCCUGGCUCUAUAGGUGAGUAGUUAUUUUUAAGGCUCUUUAGGGUCAAAUCAGCUGUUAUCUACCUUAAGGUCUCCAGGCGUUGUUCAUUACAUGUGUGCACAUAGAUAAACACCCAGCUUCCCCUUCUUCCUUCCCAUGGCAGGUUCUCAUAGUUCCAAAAGGUGGCAAGAAGAGUAGGUCUGUUUAACCAGAUCCUCCAGGAUAGGGCAGGAACCCCACAAAUUUGCUGGGAGGAAAAAAAUAGGUAAAACUUCCUGCUUCCCCAGUAUCAGAAAAAAUUGAAGCCACUCAUUUCCAGUUUGCCCAAAAGGGACAGAUCUCCAAGUAAAUGAAUCUUGGAUUUGGAAGGGAAUUCACAAGUCCUUAGUCCAACCCAUAUCAGAACAAGAUUCUGCUCUACCUGGCCAACAACUGGUUAUCCAUCCAGCUGUUGGUUGAACUUUGUUAGAGGGGGAGAGCCUGCUACUUCCUGGAGUCCAUUUUACUUUUAGAUAGCUCUAAUCUUUAGGAGAACACUUUAGAAACUUGAAAACAGCUAUCACCAAGCUAUCUCCAAAUGAAACAUCCCCAAUUCUUUCAAUUCAUCCACACAUGCCAUGAUUUUGGGACCCUUUACCAUCAAAAUGGGGCAUCUGGGUGGUACAGUGGAUAGAUUGUUAGGCCUGGAGUCAAGAAGAAUCAUCUUCCUGAGUUCAAAUCUGGCCUCAGACACUUACUAGUGACCCUGGUCAAGU